AUGGAGGCGGAUAUGUAUCGAGCAAGUAGCAGCUUACGAGCAAGUAGUAGUUUAAGAGCAAAGAGUAGCUCUGUAUGGAGGAAUACAGGAAUGGAAGUUUUUUCACAUUCAUCAAGAGAAGAAGAUGAUGAAGAAGCUUUGAAAUGGGCUUCCCUUGAAAAGCUUCCUACUUUUGAUAGGCUCAGAAAAGGGUUGUUGUUUGGAUCAAAAGGUCAGGCCACUCAAGUGGAUAUAACAGAUAUUGGGUUCCAAGAAAGAAAAACUCUGCUUGAGAGAUUGGUGAAGGUUGCAGAGGAAGAUAAUGAGAAGUUCUUGUUGAAGCUCAGGGAAAGAAUUGAUAGAGUUGGAAUUGAUCUGCCCAAGGUAGAAGUAAGAUUUGAGCGUCUGAAUAUUGAAGCAGAAGCUUAUGUUGGAAGUAAUGCUUUGCCUACCUUCAUUAACUUCGGUACUAAUAUUAUAGAGGGCUUCUUGAACUCUCUCCAUAUCCUUCCAAGUAGAAAGAAGCAACUUACCAUUCUUCAUGAAGUUAGUGGAAUCAUCAAACCUUCCAGAAUGACGUUGCUUUUAGGUCCUCCAAGUUCUGGGAAGACAACGCUGUUGUUGGCUUUGGCUGGAAAGCUUGAUUCUGCUCUAAAGGUUUCAGGAAGGGUGACAUACAAUGGACACGACAUGAAUGAAUUUGUGCCUGAGAGAACUGCUGCAUAUGUUAGUCAACAUGAUCUCCACAUUGGAGAAAUGACAGUAAGAGAAACUCUGGCAUUUUCCGCCAGGUGCCAAGGCGUUGGAUCUCGUUAUGAGAUGUUAGCAGAGUUGUCAAGAAGAGAAGCAGCUGCAAAUAUUAAGCCUGAUCCUGAUAUUGAUAUAUUCAUGAAGUCUGCAGCUACUGAAGGGCAAGAAGCAAACGUUGUCACGGAUUAUAUUCUUCGGAUCUUGGGACUGGAAGUUUGUGCUGACACAAUGGUGGGAGAUGAAAUGUUAAGAGGAAUCUCAGGAGGACAAAGAAAGCGUGUCACCACAGGUGAAAUGCUUGUUGGGCCUACAAAUGUAUUGUUUAUGGAUGAGAUAUCAACUGGAUUAGACAGUUCCACCACUUUCCAAAUUGUGAAUUCUCUGAAACAAGUUGUGCACAUUUUGGAGGGAACUGCAUUCAUUUCACUCCUGCAGCCGGCUCCUGAGACGUAUGAUUUAUUUGAUGACAUUGUUCUCUUAUCUGAUGGCAUCAUCGUUUACCAAGGUCCCAGAGAAAAUGUUCUUGAGUUUUUCGAGUCCAUGGGAUUCAAAUGCCCAAACAGGAAAGGAGUUGCUGACUUUUUACAAGAAGUUACUUCUAAGAAAGAUCAGCAGCAAUACUGGGCUCGAAAAGAUGAUCCCUACAGAUUUAUCACGGCUAGCGAAUUUGCUGAGGCAUUCCAAUCAUUUCAUGUUGGAAGAAGAUUAGGAGAUGAACUUGCUACCCCGUUUGAUAAGAGCAAAAGUCAUCCGGCUGCUUUGACUACUCAAAAGUAUGGUGUUAACAAGAAAGAAAUUUUGAAAGCUGUCUCAGCUAGAGAAUACCUUUUGAUGAAGAGAAACUCCUUUGUCUACAUCUUCAAACUCUGUCAACUGAUUCUGAUGGCUAUUAUUGGAAUGACAAUGUUCUUUAGAACUAAAAUGCCAAGAGAUAACGUGACCGAUGGAUUAAUAUAUGUUGGUGCUCUAUUUUAUGUGGUUGUUCAAAUCAUGUUCAAUGGAUUUGCCGAAAUGGCCAUGACAAUUUACAAGCUUCCUGUGUUCUUCAAGCAAAGAGACCUCCGGUUCUUCCCGGCCUGGUCAUAUGCUCUACCCGCAUGGAUUCUCAAGAUACCAAUUACAUUUGUUGAAGUUGGUGCUUGGGUGUUCCUCACUUACUAUGUGAUUGGAUUUGAUCCCAGUCCUGCAAGGUUAUUCAAACAGUACUUUAUUCUGUUAAUUAUAAACCAGGUGGCGUCAGCAUUAUUUAGAUUUAUUGGGGCAGCUGGGAGGAACAUGAUAAUUGCUAACACAUUUGGUUCAUUUUCAUUGCUGAUGUUGUUGACCCUGGGUGGUUUCAUCCUGUCUAGAGAACAAAUAAAGAAAUGGUGGAUUUGGGGUUACUGGACCUCAUCAUUGAUGUAUGCACAGACUGCAAUCAUUGUCAAUGAAUUCACAGGAAAAAAUUGGAAAGCUCUGAUGCCAAAUUCAACAGAGACACUGGGAGUUGCUAUCAUGAAAAGCCGAGGAUUCUUUACAGAAGCAUCCUGGUACUGGAUUGGAGUUGGAGCAAAUAUUGGAUUCCUUUUCCUGUUCAACAUUAUGUUCACUUUGGCUCUCACUUAUCUUAAACCCUUUGAGAAGGUUCAAGCUAUUAUACCAGAAGACGAUGAAAAAGUUUCUGUACACACAAAUGGAGGAGAGGGAAGUAGAGCUGCUGUUGUUGUGUCUGGAUCUUCUUCCAUGAGUACAGCUAACGCUGAGGUUGAGUCAGAGGAGAACAAGAAAAAGGGCAUGAUUCUUCCAUUUGAACCUCAUUCAAUCACUUUUGAUGACAUAAGAUACUCAGUUGAUAUGCCGCAGGAAAUGAAAGCUCAGGGUGUUGAUGGAGAUAAACUGGUGCUCCUCAAAGGGGUUAGCGGCGCAUUUAGGCCUGGUGUUCUGACUGCUUUGAUGGGUGUUAGUGGAGCUGGUAAGACAACAUUGAUGGAUGUGCUAGCCGGUAGGAAAACUGGUGGUUAUAUUGAAGGCAACAUCACAAUUUCUGGCUAUCCAAAAAAGCAAGAUACCUUUGCUAGAAUUUCCGGAUAUUGUGAGCAGAAUGACAUCCAUUCUCCUCAUGUAACUGUUUAUGAGUCCUUAGUUUACUCAGCUUGGCUCCGUCUCCCCAAAGAAGUUGAUUCCAAAACCAGGAAGAUGUUUGUCGAGGAAGUAAUGGAACUCGUAGAACUUGGUCCACUGAGAGAUGCACUAGUGGGAUUGCCUGGGGUUAAUGGUCUAUCAACCGAGCAGCGCAAAAGACUUACCAUUGCAGUGGAGCUGGUGGCGAACCCUUCGAUCAUAUUCAUGGAUGAGCCAACUUCAGGUCUAGAUGCAAGAGCAGCUGCCAUUGUGAUGAGAACUAUCAGGAAUACCGUGGACACUGGAAGAACCGUUGUAUGCACCAUUCAUCAGCCUAGCAUCGACAUAUUUGAAGCUUUUGACGAGUUGUUCCUGAUGAAGAGAGGAGGUGAAGAAAUAUAUGUUGGACCACUAGGCCAUCACUCUGUCCAUUUGAUUAAUUACUUUGAGGGAAUCCAAGGAGUAAGUAAAAUCAAAGAUGGCUAUAAUCCAGCAACCUGGAUGUUAGAGGUCACAGCUUCCUCACAAGAACUGGCAUUGGGAGUAGAUUUUACUGAAAUUUACAGAAACUCAGACUUAUACUCGAGGAACAAAGCACUGAUUCAUGAGCUUGAUACGCCUCGCCCUGGAACGAAAGACCUCUACUUCACAACCAAAUAUUCACAAUCUUUCUUUAUCCAGUGCAUGGCUUGCCUCUGGAAACAACGCAUGUCAUACUGGCGAAAUCCGCCUUAUACAGCAGUGAGAUUUGUAUUUACCACCUUCAUUGCCCUUGCAUUUGGUACAAUGUUCUGGGAUCUCGGGUCUAAGAAGAAAACUCAACAAGAUCUUUUCAAUGCCAUGGGUUCUAUGUAUGCUGCUGUUCUUUUCCUCGGGGUCCAAAACUCCUCUUCUGUACAGCCUGUUGUAGCUGUUGAAAGGACAGUUUUCUACAGAGAAAGAGCAGCUGGAAUGUAUUCUGCAAUUCCAUACGCUUUCGGACAGACAAUCGCAAUUUCCAUACCGAUUGAUUUCUAA